AAAAGUGGCAAGCAAUGGGGAGUAUUACUCGACAGUAUUGCAGCGGGAGCGGGUUUCCCAAAACUAACUCACAAACUAACUAACUAACAAAAUAAUCAGAGUUCGCUACUCGUCGGAAACUUCUAUUUCGAGCUUGCUCACACGCCCGGAGAUUCUCUCUCGCCUACCGUGAUCAAUCCAGCACGAAUCUGCAAGGAAGCAAUUAACGUCCCAGAUUAGUCCUUGUCACUCACUCCCCUUAAACCCACGAACCUCAUAAAACCCUUCGAGCACGACCAGAAGGGGUACGCUCGCUCCGCCUCGUUACGUCGCCAACUCGCCAUGUAUCGCGCUGCAGCCUCUUUCGCUUCCACCAUCACAAGGGCCUCGUCGUCCAAGAGACAGAUCACACGAGGCGCGGGGUUCCUAUGGACGCGGAAUUAUGGUGCCAAGGACAUCGAAUUUGGGGUCGGAGCUCGUGCCGUGAUGAUGCAGGGAGUAAACGAGCUCGCCGAUGCCGUUAAGGUCACCAUGGGGCCCAAGGGUCGUACUGUCAUAAUCGAGAGAAGUCGCAAAGGCCCACAAGUGACGAAAGACGGUGUCACGGUUGCAAAAAGCAUCGAGUUCAAGGAGAGCACAAAAAAUGUCGGUGCAAAUCUUGUGAAACAAGUUGCCAAAGCUACUAAUACUGCUGCUGGCGAUGGUACAACUUGUGCAACUGUUUUAACACAGGCAAUACUAAGUGAAGGGUGUAAGGCUGUGGCAGCAGGAAUUAAUGUUAUGGACUUGCGCAAUGGUAUUAAUAAAGCUGUUGAUGCUGUUAUUUCCCACUUAAAAAGCAAAGCCUGGAUGAUUAGUACUCCGGAAGAAAUUAUGCAGGUGGCAACCAUUUCUGCAAAUAGUGAAAGAGAAAUUGGAGAGUUAAUAGCAAAAGCAAUGGAAAAAGUUGGGAAAGAAGGAGUAAUCACUGUUACUGAUGGCAAGACAUUGUACAAUGAGCUUGAAGUGGUUGAGGGCAUGAAAUUGUCCAGGGGUUAUAUCUCUCCCUAUUUUAUUACUGACGUAAAGACCCAAAAAUGCGAAAUGGAACAUCCUCUGAUCCUUAUUCAUGAUAAGAAAAUUUCAAACAUGAACUCGCUUGUGCCAUUACUGGAGCUUGCUCUGAAGAAAAACAGACCUCUUUUAAUUGUUGCUGAGGAUGCGGAAAGUGAUGCUCUGGCAAUGCUUGUGCUUAACAAGCAUCGUGCGGGACUCAAGGUAUGUGCUGUCAAAGCUCCAGGUUUUGGGGAAAAUAGAAGGGCAAAUUUGGAGGACCUGGCAAUACUUACUGGAGGCAAGGUUGUUAGUGAAGAUCAUGGUAUGGAUCUCGAUAAAGUCGAACUAGAAAUGCUUGGCACAGCCAAAAAGGUUACUGUAUCUCUUGAUGAUACUAUAAUUCUACAUGGCGGUGGUGACAAAGAACUAAUAGAAGAGAGAUGCGAGCAGCUUAGACAAACAAUGGAGAGAAGUACUGCAAUGUUUGAUAAAGAGAAAGCACAAGAACGGUUGUCAAAGCUAUCUGGAGGUGUUGCUGUGCUGAAGAUUGGUGGAGCUAGUGAAGCUGAAGUUGGUGAGAGAAAAGAUAGGGUUACUGAUGCUCUAAAUGCAGCUAGAGCAGCUUUAGAGGAGGGUAUUGUACCCGGUGGAGGAGUUGCACUGUUAUACGCCACUGAAGAGUUGGACAAAAUUGGAACAUCCAAUAAUGACGAGAAGAUAGGCGUUCAGAUUAUCAAAAAUGCUCUAAAGGCACCUGCACGCACUAUCGCUGCAAACGCUGGUGCUGAUGGUGCAGUAAUUGUUGGCAAGCUACUGGAACAAGAGAAUUUUAAUUUGGGUUAUGAUGCAGCUAGAGGUGAGUAUGUUGACAUGGUUAAAGCUGGAAUUAUCGAUCCUUUAAAAGUCAUCAGAACUGCUCUGGUAGAUGCGGCAAGUGUUUCUUUACUACUGACAACAACCGAGGCAGCAGUUGUAGACCUCCCCGAGUCAAAACGGAAUGCACCACCAAGUCGCAUGCCUCAGUUUGAUGAUAUGGACUACUGAGUACUGAUACAAUGGAUGAUUUGUGUGAAAACAAAAGUAGGAAUACUAAAUAACGUACAGCUGCGUUGCUUCUGUGGAAGCUGCUGAUAGCACCAUGACUGUUCUCGAAUGGAGGUUAUCUCUCAAAACCAUCAACGUUAGAAUGUUUUUGUAUUUUAGAUAUUUUAAAUUCAACUAAUGUGUGAUAUGUUCAUGAAUCAUUUGAUCAUCCGUUAACUGUUGUAAACUUAAAAGUAACUUCCUUGUUUCUGUCAUUAUUUGGUGAGCAACUAUUCAUAAUCCCAUUCUGAUGAUGCAUUUUAUGAUAUGAUAAUAUUUUUAUGGGGUC